AUUUUCGACAGAUUGCGAGCGAAUAGACGGAGAGAAUUUUCUACUCGAAUAUUCAAUCUUUCACAUAGACCCCAUUUCCGCUACGGUCAGAGCUUCUUCUGGGGGAAAAGAAAAAAAGAAGAAGAAGGAAGCGCUUCAAGUUUCUGUUCCAAUGGAUCAGUUUGACGAGUCCAUCAAGAACCAAAUAGCGUCCCUUCUGCGAGUUAUUAACUUAACAAGAUGCUUUAAAGAGGACAAUGUUCCAUGCGAAAUUGAAGAGGGUCUUUUCUUGGGUUCUGUCGGAGCUGCAAAUAACAAGAAUGCACUGAAAAGCUUGAAUAUCACACACAUAUUGACUGUGGCUAGUUCAUUGUCACCUGCACAUCCAAAUGAUUUUGUAUAUAAAGUCAUUAAUGUCACUGACAGAGAAGACACAGAUAUAAAACAGUACUUCAAUGAGUCUUUCAAUUUCAUUGAUGAAGCUAAAAGAUUGGGUGGAGUGUUGGUCCAUUGCUUUGUGGGAAAAUCCAGAAGUGUGACCAUAGUUGUUGCCUAUCUGAUGAAAAAGCAUGGAAUGAGCCUAUCUCAAGCACUGGAACAUGUGAAGAACAGACGGGCUCUGGCAGCUCCUAAUUCUGGCUUUAUAUCGCAACUAAAGGACUUGGAAAAAUCUCUUCAAGAUGAGAAGAAUACAAGUUGAAAUGCAGAGAGUCCUAGCAUUACAGAUCAGAUGUAAUCUUCUUUGUAGAGAACUGUUCCAUCUUUAUAGAAAUAGAUGGUGUUGAUUGAAUAUAUUGCAAUAUUGGUACGAUGUAUAUAUGCUAGUCACUGGACAUUAUUAUGCAUGUAAACUAUAGUGAAAUACUCUUUGUGCUUUAUUAUGAAUCUCGAUUUCAUAUAUUUGGUCUCUUAUCAGAAUCAGAUGAAACUUUGUUUGUAGAGAAAUUUGUCAGUUGUUGCAAUAGCAGCAGCUGAACCUUGUUUGAGUGAU